CCUUUGUCUGGUAGUCUUAUCCAGCAGACUUGAUCUAUACCGGGACUUUCUGUCAGGAGAGAUUUUAGUUUAAGUGGAGAAAUUCCAUUAUACAUAUAUAUAUAUAUAUAUAUAUACAUACAUACACAGAUUUAUAUAGAGAGGAGAAGAGGAUUCUGCAGAGCAAGGGACGAAAGGUGCUUUGUACAAGCACGACAAAGUGGGGUUUUUGUUGGUUGCGCAUUCCGUUUUUCCGCCGUGUGGAGCUCGGAUUAGUGUUUAAAUCUAAACUAUUGAUGAUUUCUUUUGUUCUUAACGAUACUUUCUCGGUUUGCAAGGAUGCAGCUGGAAUCGCCGGGAAUAUCUUUGCCUUUGGGCUGUUCGUGUCACCUGUACCCACAUUUAGGAGAAUUAUCAGAAAUCAGUCAACAGAACAGUUCUCAGGAUUGCCAUAUAUAUAUGCUCUGUUGAACUGCUUGAUCUGCUUGUGGUACGGCACACCCCUCGUGUCUUCUGAUAAUGUAAUGGUUGUGACAGUCAACUCUAUAGGUGCUGCUUUUCAAUUAGUCUACAUUGUUAUCUUCAUUACGUGUGCUGAGAAGCAAAAAAAGAUCAGGAUGUUUGGACUAUUGCUGGGGGUUUUUGCCAUGUUUGCAAUUAUUGUAUCUGCAAGCCUGCAAAUAUCUGAUCAGUUCACAAGGUGGCUCUUCGUUGGAUUGUUGAGUUGUGUUUCUCUGAUAUCAAUGUUUGCCUCACCAUUAUUUAUAAUUAACUUGGUCAUUCGAACAAAGAGUGUUGAAUUCAUGCCAUUUUAUCUCUCUCUUUCAACUUUCUUGUUGAGCACAUCCUUUCUCCUGUACGGAAUGUUCAAUCACGAUGCCUUCAUCUAUGUCCCCAAUGGUAUAGGAACUGUUUUGGGCAUUGUACAAUUGGCAUUAUAUUUCUACUACAGCACAAAAUGCAGGGAAGACGAGAAAGAACCCUUAAUAGAAUCUGUUGCAUAAAUUGGUGGACAGGUCAAAACAAGAAAAAUGAAGGUCCUUUAUAUGUGAUUUUUUUCCCAAGUGCAGUUUGUUCAGAUAAUUUCUGACUAAAAGCUGGGAGAUCUUCAUCAGAUCAUGGUUGAUUUCUUCUAAUUUCUUGCUAUGCAACGCAAGAAGGCUGUGAAUGGCUUCUGGUUUCUCUGCCACUCUGCCAAAUCGAGCGGUGUUGAAUGUUAAUAUACAAAAUUUGGUGAAGCAUCUGUAUUCUUUAUUAUGUAAAACUAAUUAUAUCAUGAUUGCAUUCUCAGUUUCUUUUGCAAAUAAACAAUGAAAUUGCGAAUUACUUUGCGGGUGUUCCGCUUUA